CAGCAGCGACUCACGGAUUCAAAACGCGAAGAAAAUACAUUUACUUUUCUGCAAUUAAUUUGCUGAAAUUUGCCAAUGGCGCGCAUACUUAAAAUGUAGCAUACUUCAUUUGAAAUAUUCGACAUACGUCUUUCAGAUUGACAUAUGGUAGAUGACACGAAGGUUUUAAAUAUAGCAAUGAAAUGUUGUCCUACCCUGGGAUCAACGGCCAAUAUUGGAAUUAUGUGGAUUGCGCAAACAUUGUCUUAUUUGACAGUUCAUCCAUCUCCUUUGAUUUGUUGUGGAUCUUGCUGUGUUGUCCUGAUAUUUAAAGCUCCGUUGACUAUUACCAGGCCUCUCCGCAUUCGUAUCUUCCUCAUUUCUUUCUUUAUUCCUAGAUAACACCUUUGCUUUGUCGUGGUUGCUUGGAGUUGAAACCGGUUUAACAAAAAAAAUACAACUUUGGGAAGAAUAGGAAACUGCUGGGCAAUUUGACAAGAAUCUAUUUCAAAUCAGAGACGAUGAGCAACGCCGAAGAUAACAACACCGGGGUAGAGGAGAAGGUGUAUCGGUAUUGUGGGCACACAUUAAAGAUCGCGAUGUUUAAAGGAUCUUCCUUAGGUCUUUCUGCUUAUGUCUGGGGACCUGCACUUGUACUCUGCCAGUACUUUCAGGAUAAGAAGCUUGAUUUUACUGGGAAGAAGGUGCUUGAACUGGGUUCUGGCACUGGAAUUGUGGGAAUUUUGGCAGCACUUCUGGGUGGACAAGUCACUAUUACGGACGUGCCCGAUGCUUUGAAGCAAAUACAGUACAAUGUCGAUGCUAACAUCCCAGACGCGUACAAACAUCGUUCAAAAGUCCGUGCCCUUCAUUGGGGCACCGAUCAGGAUAACUUCCCGUCCGACUAUGAUUUCAUUCUGGGAUCGGAUAUUGUGUAUAGCCCUUCACUCUUCCCAGGUCUUAUAGAGACACUUGUGCAUUGCUGCAAUGAAAACACCACCAUUUACUUGUCUACUAACAUGCCUGCCAGAAUGGGGACCGAGAGUUUCCACAAAGAGCUUAUAACAAGGCAAUUCGACAGUGAGCUCGUUCAUACAACCGGGAUUAUCUGUAUUUACAAAGUGACCAAAAAACGCGCGAGAUAAGCAAGAGAGGAGUGGUCAUCUAUUUGUUCAUUUUGCAUCACUCUGGAGUCAUAGAUUGGCAAUAAUUGCAAAUG